GCUAGAUGGCGAUCGCCCCGUCAUAAUACGCAUGCGCAGUCGCUUCCCUUCAUGUCCCAAUAACAAUCAUUGAAAACGAGUGGCAAAACCCCGAGACGAUUGCAAAUUCAUCGUCUUCAGAUCUGUAAUUGUCAACAAACGGAGUCCAGCAUGGCAGAAUUACGACAGCGAGGACCGGCGGAAAAAGAUCUGCAGCACCGGCGCUCCGAAGAUAAGGGUUCUGAGACGGAGGGCAGGUCUGAGAGAGAUGGAGCCUCAGACAAUGAGGCUAAAUCAGAUUCUGGGAUUCCCGAGGUUGCCGGUUCUGCCGAUGACACACCAGAGGUUCUCAAUAAAGCCCUCUCGGGUCUCUCCUCCCGAUGGAAGAACUGGUGGGUGAGGGGUAUCCUCACUCUGGCCAUGAUUUCCUUCUUCUUCUUUAUUAUUUAUCUGGGUCCAAUGGUGCUGAUGAUGAUUGUGCUGUGCGUUCAGAUCAAGUGCUUCCAUGAGAUUAUCACAAUUGGUUACAGUGUCUAUCACUCAUACGACCUGCCGUGGUUCAGAACACUAAGCUGGUACUUCCUGCUGUGUGUGAAUUACUUCUUCUAUGGUGAAACGGUGACUGAUUACUUCUUCGCUCUGGUGCAGAGGGAGGAUUGUCUACGUAUCCUCAGCAAAUACCAUCGCUUCAUUUCCUUUGCCCUGUACCUCACAGGAUUCUGCAUGUUUGUUUUAAGCCUAGUGAAGAAACACUAUCGCCUACAAUUCUACAUGUUCGGUUGGACUCAUGUGACCCUGCUCAUUGUGGUGACUCAGUCCCAUUUAAUCAUUCAUAACCUGUUUGAGGGGAUGAUCUGGUUUAUAGUGCCCAUCUCCUGUGUUAUCUGUAAUGACAUCAUGGCUUACAUGUUUGGCUUCUUUUUCGGCCGCACCCCUCUCAUCAAGUUGUCUCCUAAGAAGACAUGGGAGGGCUUUAUCGGUGGCUUCUUCGCAACUGUUGUGUUUGGGAUUUUGCUGUCCUACGUGAUGGCAGGUUACCGUUGUUUUGUGUGUCCGGUGGAGUUUAAUAAUGACUCCAACCGUUUCACUGUGGACUGUGAACCAUCUGAGCUCUUCCAACUUCAGGACUACAUUCUGCCGUCUGUGCUGCAUUCAGUCACCGGCUGGACCACAGUGAAGUUGUACCCAUUCCAGAUCCACAGCAUCGCUCUGUCAGCUUUUGCUUCAAUCAUGGGACCCUUUGGAGGCUUCUUUGCCAGCGGCUUCAAAAGAGCCUUCAAAAUCAAGGUGGGUGUAAUUUGUCAGACUUUUGCUAACACCAUUCCAGGUCAUGGAGGAAUCAUGGACCGUUUUGACUGUCAGUACCUCAUGGCCACAUUUGUAAAUGUUUACAUCGCCAGCUUUAUCAGAGGGCCGAACCCCACUAAAGUUAUCCAACAGCUACUUGCCCUAAGACCAGACCAACAGCUUCACAUCUUCAACUCACUCAAGGCUCAUCUGACAGAGAGAGGCCUGCUCCCUGCUCUUGAGGCGGCCGCCUAACCUGACGGUCCGAUCCAGGGAAAUCCCACCAGAGUGGGCGGAUGACAGAGAACGGAGAAGGUCCUUUAAGAAGAUCCAGGCAUGUAUGAAAGCGUGAGGAACAGGGAAAGGGAAACUAUGGAAAACUGAACUACAACCUUGGGUCAUUCCAUUUUCAAUGUGUUAGAGAGAGAGUGUGUAUGUGUGUGUGUACAGAUCAGUGUUUUGGCUUGUGUUGUUUUAUUAUAAUUCUUUUUUUUGUGUGAAAUUUUAUGUUGAUCACUUAUGCCACAAGAAUAUUAUUAUAUACAGAGAGAUGAUAUUUCAUCUAUGUUACAGUUCUUUGUGAAAUGAGCUGUACAUUUCCACUUGUGUACAAAUGUUCUGUACCUAUAGUGUCUGAAUAUUUUAUGGUGUUUAUGGUUCGUUUUAUUUUGUUUUAAUGCACUGCUCCUCACACUGUAAUUCCAAACCCAGACUAGCUCUUGUUGUGUUUCUCUUUUUGCUAGCUUAUAUUUUCAUAUUUGUUACAGAGGUCAUAUUAGUGCAGAUUGAGUGUGUUAUUUUAAAUGUUCAAAGCUGUUUUUAUUUAGAUGCAUUUGUUCACUCCUAUAAAGUAUUCACUUCAAUCUGGUCGGUGAAUAUAUGUGCAGUUCAGGCUCGUGAGACAGUGCAGGUGACGGUCAGGUGAGGAGAUGUGUUUUUUUAUGAAUCCAAGUAGGGUAGACAGACAGAAUCUUGUCUCUUAAGAGAUGCCAAACUAGUCUCGCGUCAAAUAAAAAAAUCAUAAUUGUUACUUAGCUCCAGACAGAUACAAGAUUUUUUUAUUAACAUAAAAAGUAUAAAAGUUAAAAAUAAAUGGGUUGAGGAUCAAGCACCUUUUAUCAUUUAUGGUUUUAUUUGAAUGUUCUCUUAAGAACAUUAAAAAUGUUUCUUUUUAUUUGAACUGGGCAGGGUCUUCUCACGAUAAGGAUUGCUUGGAUUGGAUAAAUUUUAAACAAUCACAGUUGCAACAAUGUAUCAUCUUCUUCACAGUAAUAACCAAAUCUUACAUUUCUUCCAUGUUCUGUUUUUACCACCACUUACUGUAACAUCAUGCUUAAUCCAAAAAAAGGUAAAAAAGGCAUACCUAAAGAUAUAUUUUGUUGAAGAAUGAGAAUCUUACAUGAAGGGGCGUCUUGAGAAGAACUUGGCCUGUAUGAGGGUCUAAUGGGCUAGUCCUCAGGUUAGUCCGUAAUCCAAAGUCUGCAAAUUCACCAAUAAAAGAUCCCUGAGCAUGUGUGCAGUCUUCAUAACUGUACCGUCAAAACUAAUUUUUCCAAGCCCAAACAUUUAAGGAAAAAUAGGCAGCUUAUUUUCUGAGUUUUGAGAGUUCCUGUGAUAAAAAACACAUUUCAACUUUAAUUAAGAAUUUGUACUCUUUAUUAUUAGACUAAUGGGCAAGCCAUACCUUAACCCUCUCUCUUUUCAAAGGUUACGUUUUCAUUUCAGAGAUGUUUCUUUGCUAUUUUAAUUCACUCUUUUUUGUUGUACUGUAUAAGAUCCACAUUCUUGUUUUAAAGUUAAAAUUUAUUACUUGCAUUAUAUAGGUAAAGAUUAUAGUAAACACUGUAUAUGUUUGAAGUAGAGAUUCUAUUAUUACUGUGUAUUGGACACUCUUCAAAGCCAUUCUGUGCUCUUUGUGUGUGUACAAAGACCAACAGAGCAAUUUAAAUGUUUAGUCAACAGAGAGAAAGUGUGUUAUGGAUGUCAAGCUUCCAGGGGCUUAAUGUAAAUGGGAAUUGAUUAAAAGCCAAAUUUCGUUCUUAAAUAGUAUUUGUAUCCGUCUUGUAAGCCAAUCGGAUGCUCAGACAUUUGUGUGUGUGUCAUGUGGUACCACUAGAGGGAGCCUGAGCGUCACGUUUUUCUUCUAGUUAAAGGGACCGCUCACCCAUAAAUUAAUUUUCUAUCAUUAUUUACUUACCUUCUUUUCAUUUCAAACCUGUAUGAAUUUCUUUCUUUUGCACAACAGAAAAUAAGAUAUUCAAUAAUCUAUAUAUAUAUAUAUAUAUAUAUAUAUAUAUAUUGAAGAAUGUCCGUAAGCGAACAAAGGCACUACCCAUUCACAUACAUUGGUUUUGUGUCCAUACAAAAUAUCUUUUUUGUGUUCUGCAGACAAAAAAAGUCAAACAGGUUUGAAAUGCAUGAGGGUAAGCAAAUGAUGACAGAAUUUUCAUAUUUGGGUGAACUAUCCCUUUAAAUUGUUCUGUGGCUUUGCUUUGCUUUGUGGUGUCCUCUUCUGUUAUGUUGUGUAUUGUAUGUUUGAUUGUUUCCUCUGUUGUUCUUUUAGCAUUACUGCCAUGAUUAUUUUACCCAUUUUUUAAAGUGAUGCUCAUGUAGUGGUGGUUCUACAAGUGGCAGAUAACAUCCAUAAUCGUGCAGUGUCACAUCCUGCAUUUCUUAAUAUUUAUUCAAAUACUUUCAAGAAAAACUAAUUUUAGAAACGUUUCCCUCACUUAGUAGUUUUGCUUUGAGAAACCAAAAUCUGACAAAUGUACAGCAGUACAUCAAGUUGUUGUUAUUUUAUCUAAGUAGUUUGGUCUGUAUUUCUGUUGCAGAUUGUUUUUUUUUUCAUUUUUAAUAAAGCAGAUAAGUGUGCUUUCCUUGCCGCUUCAUGUACAGUGAUUUGCACAUCUUUAAAUGGUUAAUAAAGAGAAAAGCUCAA